GCAUCGGAGUUCGUGCGUUUUGCCAAGGUGUUUCCCCUGAAGGACCUGGGCUUUGUGCCGGAGCCGGGCAGGUACCUGGCGGCCGUGGGCUGGGUGGAGGUGACGGCCGGGCUGUUGCUGGCAUUUGGGCCCCAGCUGCUGCAGGAGAUCAGCAACUUCACCCUCAGCGUCGUCAUGAUCGGUGCCAUCUACACGCUGCUGGCGCUGCAGGAGCCGCUGGCCAUGUGUGCCCCGGCCACCCUGUCCCUCGGCCUCCUCCUGCUGCUCAACAUCCGCGGGUACCCAGCUGCCCCCCGGCCCAAGUUCGAGUGACGAGAGACGGGAAGGACAGACAGGAAGGACAGACGGCACGGCUGCUGGGGAGCAACGCCUUUAUGGUGUUUUCAGGGACGACGUUGCAUCCUUGCUGAUGAGACACAGUGUGUCCUCUCCUGCCUCUGCCUGUGACGCUGGUGCUUGUUGUCCCCAGACUGUGGGACCUGGGCUGGUGCUGUGGGAUGGUGGCCAUGGCACCGUGGUGACACUGCUGUGACACUGCCAUGGCACUGCUGAACUCGCACGAGCUGUCCAGUUCUUUCCAGUGUUUGGCCACACUAAGCAGGGGCUGGCUCUGCUCUCUUUCAAAUUUUGGAAUAAAACCUCUUGUUUUUCA